AAAGGGUGAGGAUGGAGAAAAUCUGAGCAAGAGAGAGAAGGUAUGGGAGUGUUUGGAUGUUUUUUUUUUUUUUUUUUAUGUGUGGGGAAAAUGAAGUGGAGGGUGCAAGAGAUCUGGAAAUUUCCAAUUCGCUUUGGUUACACUGUUGGCAGGAUUUUCUGACGCACAUUCUGGAGUAAAAAGUUUACAAAACACGUCAACACUCAAGAGACUAAUAUGUGGUUAGGACAAGGUCAAAUGCUAUUUUAUAAACAUGGAGCAAAAAAUUAACAGUUUCUAAACAGACAAUAAAUCCAUCCAUGAUGCCAUCCAACUGACUGUAAAUUCAGUUCUGACCUAUGUAACUGUCUGUGUAGUUAUCUUGUAUCAAAUUUAACAAUGUAACAGAUAUGGCAGAAUAUACCUAUACACUAUAUGGCAGGGUUCAAUAAUAUUAUAGAAGUGACACACUGUCUUUUGUUUCUGUGACUCUUUUACAUAUCUCUUUAAAUAUCACUUACUAAUUAUACAGAUUAUUCAGCCGUGUUGCUGUUUAAAUGCACUUCAGCCCUCCAAAAUAGGUUUGAAAACCAUUUUCACCCAAUCAGGGACCCUCUUUCUUACAGCUAUAUGAGUAUGUCAUACGUUUUCUAUACCUCCCUCUUCCUCAACCCAUUUUUAAACUCUCACUCAUUUUUGCAUGACUGAAUGAGUUAGCAAGUUUCGUCUUUCGGAAUGAUCAGCAAGCUGGACAGUGUCCUGCUGACCCAGAAGAAAUUUAUCUUCCAUUAUAAGAAUGUGCGCUGGGCUUUUGGGAGAAACGAGACUUACCUUUGUUUUGUGGUGAAGAGACGCACCGGCCCUGACUCACUCUCUUUUGACUUUGGACACUUGCGCAAUCGCUCUGGCUGCCAUGUAGAGCUGCUCUUCCUGCGGUAUUUGGGGGUGCUGUGUCCAGGCCUGUGGGGUUCUAGCGUGGAUGGUGUGAGAAUGUGUUACUCAGUGACCUGGUUCUGCUCCUGGUCGCCCUGCUUUAAAUGCGCCCAACAACUUGCACACUUCCUGUCACAGACACCCAACCUUCGGCUGAGAAUCUUUGUGUCACGUCUUUAUUUCUGUGAUGAAGAGGACAGCCAGGAGAGGGAAGGACUGCGACACCUGUGGAGGGCAGGAGUGCAAAUCUCUGUUAUGACCUAUAAAGACUAUUUCUACUGCUGGCAAACAUUUGUUGCACGGAGGGAGAGGAGUUUUAAAGCCUGGGAUGACCUUCAUCAAAACUCAGUGAGACUGGUUCGAAAACUCAAUCGGAUCCUACAGCCCUGCGAGACUGAUGAUCUGAGGGACAGUUUAGCUCUCCUUGGGCUGUGACCACAAGUAUGAGGUUCCCAAAUCAAUGAACACUGAAAAAUGAACAGAGUAGUAUGAAGAAAUGGUGCUGUCUGACCUGAGACUUGAACCUAUUGACUCGAAUUUGAGUUAAUACUGAUAUUGUAUUGUAUAGCAUUAAUGUGAUUAUGUUGGAUGUCACUUGAAAUCAAAUAAAA